AACGAUGCUUCCUCCUCACCUCCCAUGAACCUCACACGAAACCCUAUCUCUAUCUCUCCCCAUUUCUCUAUAUAUCUCCUCUCACUCCCUAUUUUCCACUCAAUUAAUUCUUCUAAUCCCCUCCUCUCAAUCUUCAUUUUCUCACCACCUCUUCCUGGGAUUUCUGAAACAGACAGACUUCUCUCAUGGCUUCUUCAGGCCAAGCUUCAACCUUGGAGCUUAUCAGGCAAUACCUCUUCACCGACUCUGCUUCCAAUGAUAACUUGGACUUCAUCUCUAAUCUUGAUACUUUUCCCAACUCCUCCCCUGUCUUAUUUAGAACUGAAUCCCAAGAAUUUGAUUGCUUGAAGCCUCAGCAAUCCCACAAACACCACAUGGAACUCAGCAAGCCUCAGCUGGUUCAAAACUCCAACAGUACACUCAAGUCUUCGACUCUUAGCCAGAGGAAACCAGCUAUGAGUAACAUAUCCAUACCUCCUCCAGCAACCUUGAAGGCCAUCCCACCUCAGCAGCCGAGUGAUUCUAGUGGAGAAAAGCAUUACAGAGGAGUCCGGCGUAGGCCUUGGGGGAAAUAUGCAGCGGAGAUUCGUGAUCCUAAUAAGAAAGGUGCUCGUGUAUGGCUCGGGACAUUUGAUACCGCCAUAGAAGCUGCUAAAGCUUAUGAUAGUGCUGCCUUUAGAUUGCGUGGAAGCAAGGCAAUACUGAAUUUCCCUCUUGAAGUUGGAAAUUUCAAUUCCAGACAGGAAUCUGAAUUUACAGAUAAUAAUAAUAAUAAUAAUAAUAAUAAUAAUAAUAAUAAUGAUUCCAAGAAAAGGAAGAUUGAGGUAACAGAGAGCUUCGAAAGCAGCAGAAAUAAGGUGGUAAAGACGGAAAAUCCUUCGCCGGAGAGGGACGGCAAGCCACCACAAUCGACGGAUCCCUUAACGCCGUCGAGUUGGAAGGGGUUCUGGGACGGGGACGUGAUGGGGAUAUUUAGUGUGCCGCCGUUAUCGCCGUUAUCUCCACACCCUUCAAUUGGAUAUUCUAGGGUCAUGGUUGUGUGAGAUUGAGAAGGCAGAAGGGUUGCAGGCUUGUGCUUGUUCGGGUUUUUACUAAGUCUGGUAAAAAGAAACUCAGAUGACCUAGAAAAUAGAAAUUAGGAAAUUUAGGGGUAGUAAUCAGCUGUAUGUGUGUGUAUAAAUAGGGAUUUAUGGCGCAACAAGCAUUUACCUUUGGGUUUGUUGAAAAAAAAUAUAGAUUGCGAGAUUGUAUUAGUUCUUUGAUUUAAUUUAUAUAAUAAUAAUUUGUUUAUCUA